AUGGACUUGACACAAAGGGCCGUCCAAGUGGUCCUCUCGCCCCCCAAUACGAGCGUGCUAGUUGUCACAGCGGCCGUCACAACAGCGUCCCUAUACGCCGUCCUGAACCGCAUCAUCCAUCCCCGGCGGCCCGCCGUGCUCCCGAGCCCGCUCAGCACUCACAUAUCACGCCUGUCGCCCGAGGAGAGCUCACAGCUGCUCUACCCGCCGGACUAUUUCCCCGGGGCGCGCGACGUACCGACCCCGUAUGGUUCUGUCAGGUGUUUGACACUUACGCACGUCGCUCACGGGCUGGUUGAGCGCGGGUGCAGGGUUCUGCUGUUCGACCUGUUCGGUCGCGGGUACUCAGAUGGCGUAGGCGACUUGCCCCACGACGAGCGGCUAUACGUCAGCCAGGCCCUGUGCGUUCUCGCGUCGAGCGAACUCGCGUGGACGGGCCAAGGCGAGGACGAGGGCUUCCACCUCGUGGGCUAUUCCCUGGGAGGAGGCAUCGCCAUCCACCUGGCAGCGGCCUUCCCUCGCAUGGUCAAGACCCUGAUCCUCCUCGCUCCGGCCGGGAUGAUCCGCGAGGAGAACUUCGGCGCCGUCGUGAAGUUCAUAUUCCGGAGCGGGUGGGUGCCCGAGGGUCUCGUGGAGAUCAUGACGAGGUGGAGGCUUAAGAAACCCAUCGCCGAGAGCGCAAAGAGGAAGUCAAAGGGCAGCCCGAGCGGGGCGUCGACCCCCGAGUCGCAUCUACCGGGAGAUCAGGUUGUCGAGACGACCGUGACGAGCGAGAUUGCCGAUUCUGCCGUCCCCGAGGCGCCGGGGCCGCUGCAGCGCCAGGUGCUGAAACACGUCAACUGGCAGGUGAGGAACCACGCAGGCUUCGUCCCAGCUUUCAUGAGCACGCUGAGGUAUGCGCCGAUGAUCAAUCAGCACGAGGCGUGGAGCAAGAUCGCGAGCAGAGAGCCCAAGACGACAUGUUUCAUUUUUGGGAUUGGAGAUGAGAUCGUCAAUGAUGAGGACUACCGCCAGGAUGUUCUGCCGCUGGUUGGAGGCGAUGAGAAUGUCUUCUGGGCCAGGCCUGUACCUGGUGGCCAUGAUUUCCCCAUGGCCCAUCCGGACCAAACGCUGGAGAGGAUCUGGGGGUUCUGGGGUUGGGAUGAGGGCGUUGCUGCUUCUUGGGUGAAGGCGUGA